AUGGGAGCUGGUAUAGUACACAGACGUACUUCCCGUCGGAUAACUUCAAGCCAGACGCAGCCCAGAAGCAAUUCCGCUGAACGACAGGAUCCAGCUCGCCGGAGAACCAGACCCGAGCCGACGAGCUUUGGGAGCAGAUUCGGCCGUCCCAAGGGAAUCAUAGCCAUCGACCGAGACUGGGGGAAGAGUCACGGAUGGCCGGAGAGCAUAAAAUCGUCCGGAAGACCUUGCGGGAAGCAGUUCAGGGAAUACCAUACACGCACAUCUACAGCACUGUUUUUUGACGUACUGCGGCAGGUUAGUCGGCUGUUCUUGUGGUCUCCCUAUACCAGAGUCCUGUAUCUUUGCGCGUUGGUCUGCGGAUUCGAGGGUCGAGCCUACGGUGCAGAUGAGACUUGGGCGCAGGUACUCGAAGCAGUGGCCGACGUGUGGAGCGCGGUCAAUCGCGGUGUCCUAGUCCGCCGUCUCGGUUGGGUUGGAGUGGUUUCGUGGGCAGGGUCGUAG